AGCAACUGUGGACUUUUCCUGAGUCGGAGACAAAGUCCUACUACCCUUUACUCUAAAAUGACGAAGGUUUUAUUCUGUCCUGUUUACUUGCUGCUGAUCCUUUCCUCCGUGGAGUCAUGCUCUAUCCCCGACUCUCUCUACGUCCUUUCGCCACAAACCAUCCCAGCUGGAUACCACCUCACAAAAGUUGAAGCUGUCGGCUGUGACCCCGAGACUCUUCAUUUAACUGUGGAGGACCCUAGUUUUACAGUAAAGAGCAACGGGGUUUUAGUAGCGCUCAGUCCGGUCUCUGUGGCAACCAGCGGGCGGACAUUUUCUGUCAGGGCUCAGGAUGGCAGUGGGCCGGGCAGUGAGAUGGAAGUUCACCUUGUCAGCGGUACAAAGCAGGAGACAAAUGAAAAGGGUCAGGCCAUUUUGAAGCGCACCAAAAGACGGUGGAGUCCUCCGCCCAUCCACAUACUGGAGAAUGAUGUUGGGCCUUUUCCUAAAAACAUUGAAAUGAUUGUGUCAGAUUCAGGAGUGAAAUAUGAUGUGUACUACACCAUUGACGGGCCCGGAGUGAACCAGUACCCGCGCAACAUUUUUAGCCUCGACAAAGAAACUGGGGUACUGAAAGUGCACCAGCCAGUGGACCGUGAGGAGUUUCCAACAUUCAUACUAAUAAUCAACGCUUUGGACAAAAUUACCAAUCAGCCUAAAGACAUACCUUUGGACCUCACUGUAUCAGUGGACGAUGUAAAUGAUAAUAAGCCAGAGUUUACAGGCCAUCUUGCGUUUUCUGUGCUCGAGCAAACCGCAAAUUUGGUGGUGGGGAAAGUGGAAGCCACGGACAAAGAUGAUCCCUACACAGACCACGUGAAGAUCAAAUACACGCUCAAAGACGGGUUGGAAUAUUUUGCCAUCAACCCAGAUACGGGCGUUAUCACCACAGUGUCAAAUAAACUGGACCGAGAGACAAAUGACACACAUAUGGUGACUAUAGAAAUCAGAGAUUUGAAUGGGGCACCAAAUGGUCUUUUUAACACCGCGACGGCCACAAUCACCUUGGUCGACAUCAAUGACAACCCACCAACUUUCAACCAAACAUCCCAAGAGGUGCCACCAGGAUCCUCAAAAGAACCAGGAGAGGAAGUCCAUACUUAGAGGAACAGCAUCCUGGGACAUUGCUUUUUGCACAUUCUUUAAGGCAGACAUAGCUUCAGUAACAUGAUUUUUAUUAGCAUCAGAAAUAUAUGUACAGCAAGAUAUUUCAAUCAUUGCACAUACGCAGCCUUGACUAGCAGUUAACAUGUCCAAAACCAUUCUGUUUUGCAGUACCAUUAAACGCAUUUCACUU